AUGGGUAAAGUCCACGGAUCCCUCGCUCGUGCCGGUAAGGUCAAGUCUCAGUGCCCCAAGGUCGAGAAGCAAGAGAAGCCCAAGAUGGCCAAGGGCCGCGCGCACAAGCGCCUCUUGUACAACCGUCGCUUCGUCAACGUCCAGGUCGGCCCUGGUGGCAAGCGCCGCAUGAACUCCAACGCGGACAAGUAA